CACAAACUACGAAUUGAAAUCACGAACAACUAACCGUAUUUGCUCUGGAAUUUCUUCUGCCUGUCUUUCAUGAAUUUCUUCUCGUGAUUCCUUGGCAGGUUCCUCUUCAGAUUCAUUUAGUAACUCCUGCGUCUGGUCCGUCACUUUUUCUGAAUUGUCAACAAGUUGUUCGGAAUGAGUCACACUUUCGGUUUCAGAAGCACUUUCUCCCUCUGUUUCCGAUUCCGACACCUCCUCGUACAUCAUUUUUUAAUUUAAUCAAUUUCAAAAUUUGGCAAAAUUAAGUGAUUCACUUUGUUAGUCAGAGCUGCAACUACAUGACUUACUACGGAGACAAGAGUAUGACAAAAUACUGAACGGAUGCAAUUACCAUUAAUCUUGAGUAAACAAUCCUAAAGAUCAGGGUUAGAGUAGAUCAAAUUUCUCACUCUCAUCCACAGUCCCAGUUUCUCAAUCUGAUCUUGGUUUCUUCUUAGUUUUAAGAUUCACUUUUGCCCACAAAGCAUCCUUAGAAAAUAAAUUAAUUAAUUCACUGAAAAAUGGACGACUUUGAGAAAAGUCAAAGUUUAUCUCAAAUGGGAAUUUAUUACCACAGGACGAGGCAGUAUCGGCAAGCUUUGGAGGUCCUCACCGAAGCCAACAAGUGCCUCAAAAGAUUUUCAAAAGAUCGUGACUCAACUUUUCAACUUCAAGUCUUGACAGAUUUAAUCGGUGUCAAUGAGGACUUAGCAAUAGUCUGCUUGCAUGAACUGGAAAAAGAAAAGUGUAUCGCUGGAGUACACCCUGACAAUGUGGAGUCCAUGGAAGAGGAGGAGAGUGACGACGACGGAAAAUCUUCACAAUUUGAAAGCGACGACGACGAGGAACCACAAGUGCUUAUCUCAGAAUUAGAGACGGGUGUACGCGACGAGGAGGAGGAAAGCUGCAAUGACGGGAAACUUGACCAGGAAAGGAAAAUUACCGAGGAAGAAAACAUAAGCGGAAUUAAGGGCAACUCUGAUAAUAAACAAGGUAUUUGCCACACUGAGGAAAACGACAAACCUUCGACAGCAACGGGGGACCAUAAACAGCCUGAGGUUCUGCCAACCACAAACAACUUACCUACAGCGGUCAGACUGACUAUGCCUGUUAGCUGUGGCUUGGCUGAGACGUUCAAUCCAGUAACAAAUCCGUUAGUUUCUCUAAUGGGUAUGGAUUCAGAAAUCCAUUUCUCAUAUGUAAAUCCCUCAGCCAACAGCGGAACACAAACCAUUUCUAUGCAAGAUCUUACUGAAAACAACGAAAAUGCCACAAAGGGAAAAUCGACUAAUAAGGAAGCAGUUAAAUUAAAGGAAAAAGCAGUUGCCAUAACUGAUGACAUUAUUUUACAGUGUCUCGUGAAAACAGGAAGUGGGAGGCUGUCGGACGUGAUUGGUUUGGACCACGCUAUCGUGAGUAUGAAGAAAACCAUUUUCCUACCAUUGGUGGCGGAGAAAGAAUUUGGCAGUGACCUUCAAGGCGUGCUGCUUUUUGGACCUUCUGGGGUUGGAAAAACCCAUAUCUUAAGCUGUCUUGUGGGGGAGCUUAACUAUAUAAAAGAGGAAAAGUGCAAAACCUUCCCAACGAUAAGCAUCUGGAAGGUAGAGCCAAAAGACAUCUUGCAUAAGUGGAUAGGUGACUCAGACAAGUACCUCAGUCGGAUUUUCGAGUUGGCUCAUGAGAAGCGCCCGUCGAUAAUAAUUAUUGACGAGAUCGACUCUCUAUUAUGUCAGCGAAAAGAGGACGAUCCUGAACACAUUCGACGGCUCAAGACGGGAUUUCUUUCGUGCAUGGAUGGCCUAAAUAAUUAUUCUGGAAUUGUGGUCGUGGGAUUGACAAAUUUUCCGCAGCAUUUGGAUUAUGCAUUCAGGCGAAGGUUUUCGAAAAGAAUUUAUAUUGGAUUACCCGAUUCCUUUGCAAGGGAGCGAAUACUAGCACACUAUUUAAAGAAAACAAAUCUUUUAACGGAAUCAUUCGAUCUUGGCAAAAUAUCUUCAAUGACUGAGGGUUUCUCUGCCCACGACCUUGCUGUUGCCAUUUCAAAACUACAAGCACUUCAGUACACUAGUAACUUUUCCUCCGACGGUGUGAACGAUAUUGUCCAACUUAUGAAGGUGGGCUGCAAGCCAACAACAUUGAUAACCCAGGAAAUGUUUGAAGGAUUAAUUCGGACUGAUGGAUCAACCAAUGGGGCCACGAACGAUGAGAAAACCGUUGAUGAGCUUAAAAGGUGGGGACGAGAAUUCGGAGCAGAGGGUAUGACUCAACCGGUUUAUUAUGAAGGAGAGUAUGAGCCAACGCUCAGCUCGUGCCUAUUUGAAAUGUUUUGCUGCCUGUUUUACUAAACAUGAUCUUACUCGAUAAAUAUUAUUUAAAUUCAAUAAAUGCACAUCUAUUAUCAACUUA